GCCCUGCCCGGCACCACCCACAUCCUCCUCCUCGUCCCUGGGGACCCAGGUGGGCAUCUGCCUCUCUCUCCUGCUCCCCCUCCCUGCUCUCCUCCCCUGCCCUCCCACCCAAGACAGGCACCUACCCCUGCCCUCCUAACGCCCUGCGCCCUGCGUUUCUGGCCAGUGGGCUGAUUUGUUUGUUUAGUUGCUUAUUAUCCACGUGCUAUACCCACCCAGGCGAGAAAGGAAGGCCCUGGGGACAGAAGCCUGUGCUGUCCAUCUCCCUCUCCCAGGGCCCGGGUGAUAACCCACCAUCGGGCUCUGUACCUGGUCAAAAGCUGGGUCUGACGGAUGGAUAGGUAGAGGGAAAAGUGUGUGAUAAAGCAUGAAGAGUAAAAUGCUAAUGGUAGAAUCUAGGCAGUGGGCAUACGAUGUUCCCUGUAUAGUUCUUCCAGCUUUUCUGUGCAUUUGAAAAAUUUCAUAAUAAAACGUUGGAGGAAAAGAUUCAAGGGCCCCUCCUUGGUGUGGGAAGGGAGGAAGAGGGGAUAUUGUGCUACAUUUGGCAAAUACAUGAGUACUAGACUGCAGUGGCUCACGCCUAUAAUCCCAGCACUUUGGGAGGCCGAGGUGGGAGGAUCGCUUGAGGCUAGAAGUUUGAGACCAGCCUGGGCAACAUACUGAGACCCUGUCUAUACAGAAAAAAACAAAAUGCAUGGAGUGCCUACCAUAGGCCAAGAGCUUUUCCAGGCACCAGAUUUUGGCAAGAGCGGUUACUCAGUUGGUUCCAUUCAUAUGGCCUCAUUGCUUGUUAAAAUCUUGAAAUAUUCGCUACCACUUGGUAAAUGGCUCUUGUUUUGUGUCCUCUCCCCCGAUCCCAAGGCACACUGGCCUGUUUCUUGGGGUCCCCAGAUCUCCCCAGCAUCUAGGACUAAAGAGUUAACCCCUGGGACAGCAAGAGGCCCCAUUCUGACUGGCCAGGGUCUCUGCCAUAUUGGUUAUAAAUAUUCCGAAUAUUACCCGCGGGUGGAGCAGCUGUGAGUCUUCUCUUCCCUGCCAGAGGCCAGACCAUGGCUGCCUGGCUUCCCGCCUCCUAAGGAUGGCCCAGCCAGAGGACAAGGCCUCUGCACCCCCCACCGAGGGAGAGAGGGGGGUCCCAUCACAGGUGAAUGGAGCAGGCGACACCCCUCUAGGGGUCCUCAGCACCCCAGAGUCACAUCUUCGCCUACAGAGGACACGGGGGGUGUGGCAGGUCCCAGAACUGGGUGCCCAGGAUGCAGAGGCCCUCGUGGAGUUGUGGCCACCGGGGAGUUUCCUGGUCAUAGGACACGACCCCAGCCACGUCCUGGUGUUGAGGACAGGACCUUUGCCAGGAGAAGUCAACAGCUACCAGAUCCAGAAAUUUCCUGGAGGUGUGUCCCUGAAAUCUUCCAACCUCUGUAUGCCAGACCUGCCCCAUCUCCUGGCCUUCCUAUCAGCCAGCAGGGAUGUUUUGCCCAGAACGCUGCUUUUGCCCCCUCUAGGGCCGGGCCAUGAACACACAGAUUCUCCGCAGGUUGGCAGGGUCCAGCUGGACGCCUCAAGGAGGGUGCUCUCUGUGGUCAACCAGCUCUACCUGGACACCCACAGAGACUGGGGUACAGAGCAGACCCCCAAAGAAAUGGAGCCAGAGAUGCCCCACGCACCUGAGCCAGCCCCCAGGAACGCCGCCCCUCACAGGGUCCCCUGGGUGGAAGGCCAGCGCAGCGCGGAAGUGCACCGUCCCAGCCCGGCUCUGGCCAGCUUGGUGGAGGAGGAUGAGGACGAGGACAGCGACGACUCCAAAGAUAAAGAGGAAGAGCCCGAGGAUGUGCUGACCCUUCACGUCCAAGCUCUGGCCAGGGCCCGGUGCAGCUACGUGGCCAGGCAGUACCGGAGCCUCCGGGCGCGCCUCACCUCAGAGUCCGCGGGUCCCCACAGGCCUGGGGACCCAGCCACCGAGCUGCUUCAGGAUGUGCGGCACCUCCUCACUGACCUCCAGGAUCACUUGGCAAAGGACCCGAACAUCAGGGCUGUCUUUGGGAGCAGGAGGCCUGGGGUGCCCCCGAAGGAGGAGGAUCUCGGCCCCGCGGUGGAGGCGGCCGUGUGCCGGGCGGUGCUGGCACCCCUGAAGCCUGCCCUGUGGACGCGACUCCGCACGCUCCGCGUCCGGGAGCUGCGGCAACUGCGGCGGCGACAAAUAGCCCUGCGGGCGGGGGCGGGGCCUGAGGGGAAGAGCCCCGCCCCGGCCCUGCGAAGCCGCAUCCACGCGCGCCUCGCUCACCUCCACGCCGCCUGCGCCCCGCGCCGCAAGGUGGCGCUCCUGCUGGCGGUGUGCAGCGACGUCUACGCGGGCCUGGCUCGGGGUGAAAACCAGGAGCCCCUGGGGGCCGACGCCUUCCUGCCGGCGCUGACGGAGGAGCUGAUCUGGAGUCCGCACAUCGGGGAGACACAGCUGGACGUGGAGUUUCUCAUGGAGCUCUUGGACCCGGAGGAGCUGCGCGGAGAGGGAGGCAAGGCAGGCGAGCUGCACGGGGACUUCGGGCGAUCAGGGAAGCCAAGAGGGCCACGCCGACCUCCCCUUCUUGCCCCCAGCCGGGUACUACCUGACCACGUGGUUUGGGGCGCUGCACCACAUUGCCCACUACCAGCCCGACGUGGGGCGCGCGCCCCAGGGGCUCAGCUCCGAGGCCCGCGCCUCCCUGCGCCAGUGGCACCGCAGGCGGACACUGCACCGACAGGACUGUCCCGGAGCCCAGGCCGAUCUGCCCUUUGAGGAGCCUUGGACGGCAGGGACUGUGACAGGGCCCACUGAUGAUUAGGGGCCUCAAACCCCUCUGCUCCGCAAGCAAGAUGCGGAGGCACCUGGGAGCGCACCUGGAGCCACACCGACUGUUGACCCGGUCUACCGGCAGCAAGGAGAAGGAGGGGUCCCAGGAAAAGGGAAGGGCCCACCUCUGGGCCUUUGCACUGGCUGUUCCUGCUUCCUGGAAUGCCCUUUCUAAUAGCCACUCUGCUCCCUCCCUCCCCUCUUCCAGGUCUUAACACAGAUGUCACCUCAGUGAGGCUCUCCCAGACACCCCUGUCUAAAACUGCAAUGCCGCUCUCUUGACUCUCCCCAAGGUGGGCAGAAUAGUGUCGCUGCAAAGGUGCCUAUGUCCUGAUCCCCAGAAUCUGAUUUUACUUUAUAUGCUCAAAGGGACUUUGCAAAUACGAUUAUGGGGAGGUUAUCCUGGAUUCCGCUGGGCCCUGUGCACAGGGGCUGGAGGGAGUCAGGAGGGUCAGAGUUGGAGAAGGAGGUAGAGGUGGGAGUGACACAGCCAAGAGCCAAGAGAUGAGACAAGCUGGACGCUCAAAAAAAGGAAAUGGGUUUCCCCUGGAGCCUCCAGAAGGAACUCAGCCUUUGAUUUUAGAAUUCCAACCUCCAAAAUGACUGUAAGAUAAUAAAUUUGUGUUUUUUACGCCACUAAGGUUAUGGCAAUUUGUUACAGCAGCAAUAAACUAAUACCCUUCUUUUUGCUGAUCUUUA